GAAGUCUCUCGCUGUGGGGAGUGCAGUGGAGGAGAGGCGAGGACACGCUCGCGCUCAUCAAAACACUUUUACCUGUUUUCCGCGGGAUUAAAGUAGCAACCGAAGCAGCGAGCUCCUCCACAGCAAUGCGCCGGAGCCCUCAGUGAAACCCGUCUCGGCGACCCGUGUGAAGAGGCUUUACGCCGGAUCUGGACAGCAUGACGACGGACGUGGCGAUCGUGAAGGAGGGAUGGCUCCACAAGAGAGGAGAGUAUAUAAAGACCUGGAGGCCGCGGUAUUUCUUACUGAAGAGUGACGGGACGUUUAUCGGCUACAAAGAGAGACCACAGGAUGUAGAUCAGCUGGAGACGCCUUUAAACAACUUCUCUGUGGCACAGUGUCAGCUGAUGAAGACGGAGCGGCCCAAACCCAACACAUUCAUCAUACGCUGCCUGCAGUGGACCACUGUCAUCGAGCGCACCUUCCAUGUGGAGAGCCCCGAGGAGCGAGAGGAAUGGACCAAAACCAUCCAGACUGUAGCCGACAGUCUUCAGAAACAGGAGGAGGAGAUGAUGGACGCGUCUCCAGAACACAUGGACAUGGAGAUGUUUCUGACCAAACCUCGGCUCAAAGUGACUAUGCACGACUUCGAAUACCUCAAACUGCUGGGAAAAGGCACUUUCGGGAAGGUCAUUCUGGUGAAGGAGAAAGCCACGGGAAAAUACUACGCCAUGAAAAUCCUCAAGAAAGAAGUGAUUGUAGCCAAAGAUGAAGUGGCUCACACACUCUCAGAGAACCGUGUGCUGCAGAACUCCAAGCACCCCUUCCUCACGGCUCUGAAGUACUCUUUCCAGACCCACGACCGCCUGUGUUUCGUGAUGGAGUACGCGAACGGAGGAGAGCUCUUCUUCCACCUGUCGCGGGAUCGGGUUUUCUCGGAGGACCGCGCGCGUUUCUACGGAGCCGAGAUCGUGUCUGCGCUCGACUACCUGCAUUCGGAGAGAAACGUGGUCUACAGAGACCUGAAGCUGGAAAACCUGAUGCUGGAUAAAGACGGUCACAUCAAGAUCACGGACUUCGGCUUGUGUAAGGAGGGAAUCACAGACGGAGCCACCAUGAAGACCUUCUGCGGGACUCCAGAGUACCUGGCUCCUGAGGUGCUGGAGGACAAUGAUUACGGUCGUGCGGUGGACUGGUGGGGUCUGGGAGUGGUGAUGUAUGAGAUGAUGUGCGGUCGUCUGCCGUUCUAUAACCAGGAUCACGAGCGUCUGUUUGAGCUCAUCCUGAUGGAGGACAUCCGCUUCCCUCGAACGCUGGCGCCCGACGCCAAAUCCCUGCUGUCCGGCCUGCUCAAGAAAGACCCCAAGCAACGGUUAGGCGGAGGCCCGGACGAUGCGAAAGAAAUCAUGCAGCACAAAUUCUUCACUGGGAUUGUGUGGCAAGACGUUUACGAGAAAAAGCUGGUUCCUCCGUUCAAACCCCAGGUGACCUCCGAGACGGACACCAGAUACUUCGAUGAGGAGUUCACCGGACAGACCAUCACCAUCACCCCGCCGGGACAAGAUGACAGCAUGGAGUCGUUCGACAGCGAGAGGAGGCCACACUUCCCACAGUUCUCCUACUCGGCGAGCGGGACGGCGUAAAGCUCUGAGAUCCGGGAUGUUUGUCCGUUUCCACGUUUGCUCCCGCGGCCUUUGAUUUCACGUUUUCUGAGGAUAUGAGAGGGAACACUAACAUUUCCACUCAAACUGCCAAAUUAAUACAGAAAUGAUUGUGUAGCACUUAAUCUGGAAAUUAACGGCACGCCAAAUAUUAAUGCAUUUGUAUUCAGAAACGCCAUUUUUAUGAACCGACCA